ACAACCUCUCAUCACGCCACGACCGGCGCAAUUGCCACGUGUCUAGCCCAAUAUGACUUGAAAAACUUGGUUUGUAGAAUCUGGAAUUGCAGGUUGCAAAAGGCUCUGAAUUUGACUUUUCUCUCUCAUUUUCUCUGAGAUAUCCAUGGAAUCCAAACAUCAGAAGAAUGUGGAGCUGAUUGACGAGGCGAUCAAGAGGCUGUUGGAGGAGAGGAGAAACAACAGAGGAGCCUCCGGAGAAGGCGACGACGACCAGCUCCUCCUCUCCCAAUUGCUCUCUCAGUUGGAAUCAGUGAAAGGCAAUUCCGAGGAGAUUCAGAAAGCCGAAGCUUCAAACGAACCGGGAGAGGUAACAGCAACCUCUGAAGGUGGUGAAUUGGAUGCGAAAGAUAACAAGGGUGGCGGUGGAGAAUUUGACAAACAAGAGAUAGUGAGAGAAUUGAAAAAUUUGAAGAGACAGAACACCAUCACUCACUGGCUUCUUUCUGUGUUGGUAGUGCUGACUAUAGCUUGGCAAGCCUCAGAGAUGACCCUGCUCUUGAAAAUGAAACAUGGAUUGAGCCACCCAUUUAGCUGCAUUAGGACAUUGUUUUCAGGGGGUUCGGAUCAAACUGGACAGGAUCAGAAGCGAAAAAGCGAUGCACUACCUUCUCUCAAAAUGCUUGAUCUUCCCUCUGUGGAAUUACCAGAUAUUGGCAAAAAACAUUGAGCAACAUUUUAAACUGGAGUUAAUGAAGACUCGAAGAGAGUUGAUUGAUCUGCUUUGAUCAUAUAGCAGAGUGGAGCCUAGCUAGCUAGCAUCUCAUUUAUGUUUUUCAGUUGAUGUUUGUGAAAAGUUGUUGCCUACUUUUGUGUACAGAGGAAGCUCAAGGAGCACUCGUUUGUUAAUUAGUUUUUCACCCACUCA